CCUCUCUCCAUCUCGUUCCCUUCCUCCCUUCCAUCCUUUCCUCUUCCCCAAAAAGUUGCUUUUCCUACCAUCACCUGAACAGACAGCAUGGCCAUCGACAAUUGCCCGUUUGUCUUCUUUUUUUGUUCCUUGUUUGUCUGUUUGUCUGAGCCCACGCCCACAGCAUAUUCAAACUUCAACUUCCCAGGCACAACAUCCACAUCAUGGCUAGGGCGGACUGUCUGUGUUAUAAUUACAUCUUUUUUUUGUUUUUUUGUUUUUACAACGGUCAACCUAGAAAACUAUGAGAAGAUCAACUAACAAUGCGUAGAAUUGCCCCGUAUGCGUCUCCUUGACUCGAGUUCCCUUUAUCCUCCGAUAACUUCAGUGCAUCCUUUUUUUUUUUUUGUUUUGAC